CGGCGACCCUUCGGCCUUUUUAGGGAGGGGGAGACGCUGAAAUGGGGGCGGCGGCGGCGGAAGCGGAUCGUACUCUUUUUGUGGGCAAUCUAGAAACUAAAGUGACAGAGGAGCUCCUUUUCGAGCUUUUCCACCAGGCUGGGCCAGUAAUAAAAGUGAAAAUUCCAAAAGAUAAGGAUGGUAAACCAAAGCAGUUUGCAUUUGUGAAUUUCAAACAUGAAGUAUCUGUUCCUUAUGCAAUGAAUCUACUUAAUGGAAUCAAACUUUUUGGAAGGCCUAUCAAAAUUCAGUUUAGAUCAGGAAGUAGCCAUGCCUCACAGGACGUUAGUUUGACAUAUUCCCAGCAUCAUGUUGGAAAUGCAAGCCCUACCUCCACAUCUCCUGGCAGGUACGAAAGGAUGGUGGAUAACAUAACUCCUUCAUCACAGAUAAUUCAGAGAUCUUUCUCUUCGCCAGAAAAUUUUCAGAGACAAGCGGUGAUGAAUAGUGUUUUAAGACAGAUGUCAUAUGGUGGGAAAUUUGGUUCUCCACAUCUUGAUCAGUCAGGAUUUUCACCAUCAGCUCAGACACACAAUCACACUUUUAACCAGUCUUCAGGCUCCCAGUGGCGUCAAGAUACACCGUCAUCACAGCGUAAAGUCAGACAGGCUUCGCAUCCCUAUAUAGCAGAUAGACAUUAUAGUCGUGAGCAGCGCUACAUUGAUCAUGGGUCUGACCACCAUUACAGAGGGAACAGAGAUGAUUUCUUCUAUGAAGAUAGGAAUCACGAUGGCUGGAAACAUGACCACGAUAACAGAAGGGACAGUAGUAGAGCUGGGAAAUGGCACUCAUCUCGAAACUAACAAGUGUUCAAAGGACAUUGUUUUUAUAGGAUCACCCCAGGGCCUUUUGACUAAGCUGGUCUGGGAAUGUUUUGUUAAAACCGUACAGAGCAGUUUUACAAGUUGCUACAUUUCUCUAUAAAAUUUUUAAAACCUAUAGCUACAAUCUAAUACAGAAAUGAGAAGAAUUGUGGUUCCAGUUAUUACAUUAAUAACCUUCCACCUCAGGGUUUCAUGAAGAAGAAAGGGAUUUAUGCAACAGAAAGUGCCACAAUUUCUAAUCAUUUUAGACUAUUGAAGAAUGGGUAUAUUGUAUAAAUUGAUUGUAUUAUAAAGCAAAUAUUUUAACUAUCUGUUAUGUGUUGUAUUGUAAGAACCUGCUUAUUAAGUAAAUCACGUUUUAUGUAUAUAAUAGAAAACAUUCAAGUUGAUAGUCUAAAAUACAAUAGUAUUUUGUUAAUAAAAGAGAAAAUGUAGUUUCAGUGGUUCAUUUUAAUAACAUUUGAUUUGAGAAAGUUUAUUGGUAAAUUUUGGGGAUAAAUCAUAUUUAACUUCUGAGAGAAUGUAAGUUCUGUGAAAUGCUCUUUGAGUUUUACCCUAAUUGGACAUACAAGUGUAAAUUUACACGUUAUUUCAUUCUAAAAUUUUAGAAUUUCCUCAUUAAAUCAUGUUUCAUUAAAUCAUGUUUGACUAAAUGACUGAAGUCACUCAGGAAGUUAAAUGUCUCUAAAUGUAUUUUUUUAUAUUAAAAAUACAGUGUUAGUGGGAAUUUCCCUUUGCAGGAAGAACAAAAAUGAAAAUGCGCAGUGAGAUAUAAUGGUGAAUUGGUUUACUGAAAGUAUACUUAUUCAGGAAAGGGUUCACAAAACCUUUAAGUGUUGCCUCUGUCAUUUAGAUUUUAAAAAUUUACAAUUUUCAAAGCACCCAGGCUGUGUGUACAUGGAUGGAUACAUUUUAUUAUGGGGAUUGUACAUGUUUUUUUGUUUGAACAUUUGAAAAGUUUAAUUUUAAAAACUUCCUGAUGUAAAAAUUUUAAAUCUUGCUUUAAAAAAUUUAUGUGUCAAGAUAAUAUUUCCCUUUCAUUGUAGAACUUGUUUAUAAAAAUUUCUUGAAAUAUUUGGAUUCUUUUUAAUAACUGCAACAUUUGUACUAUGUUACUUUUUAAUAUAUUGAAAACAAAAAGAAGGCUAUGUCUUUUUUUUGAUGUCACUAGAGAUAACUGAACACAAAAGUUAGCAGCAUACUUUUAUUCAUUGAUUGUCUGCUGUGAAGAAUGUCCAUUCUUUAGAACAUCUUGAAAUAUGUCUUUUUUACAUAUUGAACUUAAUAUUGUAGAGUUGAAUUUUCAAUGACACAUGGAUAGUCAUUACAAGGACUGUGAACUAAUCUCCCUAGUCUCUAAAUUUAUUUACAUUCAAGUUUUCUGUUCUUAAAUGCAUGCCAUUUUUGUGUCUAGGUGAAUGGAGCUAACUUUGGCAUAGAAAGUGUUAAGAACAAAAGUUUCCUUUCUUAAGCAGUCUUAUAGAAGGAUUUGUUUCCAAUGAGCCUGUUAUUUGCAAGUGACUUAUGUGAAAAUCCAUUAACAUUUGUACAGUAGAUAUCAACAAAGCUUAAUACUGCUCUGUUGCCAGUUAAUCUGUGGGUCAGAGUCUUUCAUACUGAUUCACAGGUGAUCCUGAUUCAGAAUAAUCUUUUUCUUUUUAAUGGCUUUUGGGACUCAUCCCUUGUGAGGUUCCAGUGAAUCUCUUCAAAGAUUUUUACAUUUUUAGAAGAGGGGAAGGGAGGGAAAGAAACAUUGAUCAGUUGCCUUUUGCAUGCCCCCAGCUGAGGACCUGGCUUGCAAACCUGGCAUAUGUCCUGAUCAGGAUUGAAUGGGUGACCCUGUGGUUCACAGGACAGUGCUCAGUCCACUCAGCCACAUCAGCUAGAGCCCAAUGAAUCUUUUUCACUUAAACCUCACCUAGUUGAAAGUAAACUAAGUGUACUGGGUAAAGUGAUAGAACGAGACAUUCUCAAAGAGUUGAAUAUAGUUAGUGAGACAAUCCACCUCAGUACUGAGAACUAUAGGAGUUAAAAGGAGGAGACUGUGGGAGAGCAGUUUCUCCCAGUGUGUACCAUGAAGUACUAUGCUUUCAUGAUCUGCAAAAUAAGGGUUGUAUAAUCAAAUGUCUCAUAAAUACACACCAACACUGGGACUUUCUGUCAAGAGAGUAACAGCACCAUAAAGCUGCUGACAAGUACUGCAGUAAAGACACUUGAUGCUUAACCUCAUAUUUUCCAAAUUUACUUGACCCUUAUUUUUACCCUUUUAUACAUAACACGUUCUUCCAAUCAACCAUAACCACACCAUUUUCUAAUUAUGUUGUACAGGCUCACAUUCCCUUUAUCAACUGCCAUCAUCCUAGAAUGGGCAAUGAAUCAUCGCAACAGGAUUAUUCCAACAGCACCCUAAUGUUUAAUUACCAGUGUGUGUAUUCCCAUAAUACCCUGUAUUUCUCUGGCCAUAGCCUUUAUACUGUAUUUUAAUUUUUUUAUUUGUAUCUCUCUGGACAGCUCUGUGAAAGCAGAGACCUUAUCUUACACCUGAAUUUGCGGUAUCCAGUGUCUAGCAUAUACAGAAUACUUGAUAUUUUUGAUGAAUGGAUGAAGGAAUAUUUAUCAAAUAAUUGAAUUUAAAAAGAAGGCCUCCUCAUAGAAAACUUAAAAUAGAUUUGCUAAUCCUGAACCAUUGUUGCAUUCUAUUAAAACUACCACAAUUUAUUGUGCUUUUAACACUCUAGAAUUUUAUUUGAUUUUCAAGUUUUUAAGAAGUUUGGAUCUGAAUUUAUGAGGUUUUCUUUAAAAAUUGUUCCUUUUUAUUUUGGUUUUGAGGUUAUGUUUCUGCUAAUUUUGUAUUGGGUUGGCCAACAAUUUCCUUUGUUUUUUUCUUCAAGAUGGCUAGUAGUGCUUAGUUGUCUUUAGCUUCAGUCAAAAUAAUUUUGUGUUAGAUUGUAUUGUGACAGCUGUCAUAUCUGUGUGCAUUUAAAAAAACAUCAAAAUUAGUGAAUUUUUGUGUACCUGUUUAAAUGUUGAAGAUGGUAGAAAAUAUGCAACAUUUUCAUCAUAUUAUUCAUCAUCUUUAUUAUUUCAAGAAAGGUAAAAAUAACUGAAAUGCAAAAAUAGUUUGUGCAGUGCAUGGACAAGGUGCUAUGACUGAUCAUGUCAAAAGUGGUUUGUGAAGUUUCUUGGUACUAUUGACAUUUUGGCCAAUAAUUCUGUGCUAUAGGGGUAUCUAAUGCAUUGGAAAACAUUUAGCAGCACCUCUGGCCUCUACUCAUUAAAAGCCAAUAGCGGGAGAUAGCUGACACACUCAAAAUAUUCACAUCAAUAAAGUUAUUGGUGGAAAUGAAAAA